GUUGCUGCGGUGUAUGAUGUCACCGCCUCGCGCAGUAUAUUAGACUUGGCCCGAUACUCUGAACGCCUUCAGUUGCGGCGAGUGUGGCGCCUGGUAGUUCCAUUUGAAAUAAAGAGCUAUACAUUCCGGAAAAGAAGAUGGACACUGGAAUGAAGGUCCUGGAGACGGCGGACGACAUCCAGGAGAGGAGGCAGCAGGUCCUGGACCGGUACCGCCAUUUUAAGGAGCUGUCCAACCAGCGCCGGCAGAAGCUGGAGGACUCGUACCGCUUCCAGUUCUUCCGCCGAGACGCCGACGAGCUGGAGAAAUGGGUCCUGGAGAAGCUGCAGAUCGCCUCCGACGAGAACUACAAGGACCCCUCCAACCUGCAGGGGAAGCUGCAGAAGCACCAGGCCUUCGAGGCGGAGGUGCAGGCCAACGCGGGCGCCAUCGUCAAGCUGGACGGGGCCGGCAACCAGAUGAUCGCCGAGGGCCACUUUGCGUCCGAGAUGAUCCGCAGCCGGUUGGAGGAGCUGCACAAGUUGUGGGAGCAGCUGCUGCUGAAGAUGAAGGAGAAAGGGGUCCGGCUGCUGCAGGCGAAGAAGCUGGUGCAGUACCUGCGCGAGUGCCAGGAGGCCCUGGACUGGAUCAGCGACAAGGAGACCAUCGUUACAUCAGAGGAACUGGGUCAAGACCUGGAGCAUGUGGAGCUCCUGCAGAAGAAGUUUGAGGAGUUCCAGGCCGACCUGGCUGCCCACGAGGAGCGGGUGAGCGAGGUGAACCAGCAGGCGGGGCGGCUGAAGGAGGAGGCGCACCCGGAGGCGGAGCUUGUGGGGAAGAAGCAGGAAGAGGUGAACGCCGCCUGGCAGAGGCUGAAGGGCCUGGCCCAGCAGAGACAGGGCAAGCUGUACGGCGCUGCUGAGGUCCAGCGCUUCAACAGGGACGUGGAUGAGACCAUCGGCUGGAUUAAGGAGAAGGAGCAGCUGAUGGCGUCUGAUGAUUUUGGGAGGGACCUGGCGAGUGUUCAGGCACUGCUGCGUAAACACGAGGGACUGGAGAGGGACCUGGCAGCCCUGGGAGACAAGGUGAGCACCCUGGGCGUGGAGGCUGAGCGUCUGCAGAAGACACACCCCCAAAACGCCAAUCAGAUCCAGCAGAAGAGGAACGAGCUCAUCGCCAACUGGGAGCAGAUCCGUGCGCUGGCCGCCGAGCGCCACACCCGCCUCAACGACUCGUACAGGCUGCAGCGCUUCAUCGCAGACUUCCGGGACCUGACCAGCUGGGUGACGGAGAUGAAGGCCCUGAUCAACGCUGACGAGCUGGCCAAUGACGUCGCCGGGGCCGAGGCUCUUCUGGACCGGCACCAGGAGCACAAGGGGGAGAUUGACGCCCAUGAGGAUGGAUUUAAGGCCACGGAUGAAGCCGGCCAGGCUCUGCUGAGCUCGGGACACUAUGCUUCUGAGGAGGUCAAAGAGAAGCUGGGCGUCCUGUCUGAGGAGAAGCGGUCCCUGCUGGAGCUGUGGGAGCUGCGCAGGCAGCAGUACGAGCAGUGCAUGGACCUGCAGCUCUUCUACAGGGACACCGAGCAGGUGGACAACUGGAUGAGCAAGCAGGAGGCCUUCCUGUUGAACGAGGACCUUGGCGACUCCUUGGACAGUGUGGAGGCUCUGCUAAAGAAACACGAGGACUUUGAGAAAUCUCUCAGUGCCCAAGAGGAGAAGAUCACCGCACUGGAUGAAUUUGCCACCAAGCUGAUCCAGAACAACCACUACGCCAAGGAGGAUGUGGCCAUGCGCCGCGAUGCGCUGCUCAGCCGACGCAACGCCCUUCACGAGCGCGCGCAGACCCGCCGCCUGGCCCUGGACGACUCCUUCCACUUGCAGCAGUUCUUCCGCGACUCGGACGAGCUCAAGAGCUGGAUCAACGAGAAGAUGAAGACCGCCACCGAUGAGGCCUACAAGGACCCCUCAAAUCUGCAGGGCAAAGUGCAGAAGCACCAGGCCUUCGAGGCCGAGCUCUCGGCCAAUCAGAGCCGCAUCGACGCCCUGCAGAAGUCGGGUCAGGAGCUGAAGGACCGGAAGCACUACGCCUCGGGCGAGGUCUCCGCCCGCAUGGACGAGGUCGCCUCGCAGUGGAAGAAGCUUCUGGAAGCCACCGAACUGAAAGGAAUCAAGCUGCGCGAGGCCAACCAGCAGCAGCAGUUCAACCGCAACGUGGAGGACAUCGAGCUGUGGCUGUACGAGGUCGAAGGUCACCUGGCGUCCGACGACUUCGGCAAGGACCUGACCAGCGUGCAGAACCUGCAGAAGAAGCACGCCCUGCUGGAGGCCGACAUCGCCGCUCACCAGGACCGCAUAGAUGGGAUCAGCAUCCAGGCUCGGCAGUUCCAGGAGGCGGGGCACUUCGACGUGGAGAACAUCCGGAAGAAGCAGGAGGCUCUGCUGGCCCGCUACGAGGCGCUGAAGGAGCCCAUGGCCGCCCGCAAGCAGAAGCUCUCCGAUUCGCUGCGGCUGCAGCAGCUGUUCCGCGACGUCGAGGACGAGGAGACCUGGAUCAGGGAGAAGGAGCCAAUCACGGCGUCCACCAACAGAGGGAAGGAUCUGAUUGGUGUGCAGAAUCUGCUGAAGAAGCACCAGGCGCUGCAGGCGGAGAUCGCGGGCCACGAGUCGCGGAUCAAGGCCGUCACGCAGAAGGGCCAGGCCAUGGUGGAGGAAGGUGCUCGGAACUUCCGCUUGCCUAGGCAGCAGGCCAUUCUGCCGAAGGUGAGGGUGAAGCUGGGGGAUCUGGCGCGUGGGUGCGCUGGUGGCGGCGCAUCGCGGCAGGACCGAGACUCUGCAGGCGAGCAGCGCGACCAGGCUGAAGUCUGGAUGAGGAGAAGGGCCCAUGGGAGGCGCGACACGGCGGGCGAGGUGAUGGUAAUGGUGGUUAUGGUGAUGAAGGUGAUGGUAAUGGUAGUUAUGAUGAUGAUGAUGAUGAUGAAGGUGAUGGUAAUGGUGGUUAUGGUGAUGAAGGUGAUGGUAAUGGUAGUUAUGAUGAUGAUGAUGAUGAUGAUGAUGAUGAUGAUGAUGAUGAUGAAGUGCUUCUGUGAUAUUCCAAAGCGGCUGAUCGCACUCCCUCCUCUUCCUCCCUCCUCUUCCUCGCCUCAGGCCCUGCUGAAGAAGCACGAGGCCCUGAUGUCUGAUCUGAUCGCGUACGGCAGCAGCAUCCAGGCCCUGAAGGACCAGGCCCAGGCCUGCAGGCAACAAGUGGCCCCGACAGACGAUGAGACGGGAAAGGAGCUGGUCCUGGCUCUGUAUGACUAUCAGGAGAAGAGUCCCCGCGAGGUCACCAUGAAGAAGGGAGAUGUCCUCACGCUGCUCAACAGCACCAACAAGGACUGGUGGAAGGUGGAGGUGAAUGAUCGGCAGGGCUUCGUCCCAGCGGCCUACGUCAGGAAGCUGGACCCCGCCCAGUCCUCAUCGCGGGAUAACCUUCUGGAUGAGCAGGGCAGCAUCUCGGCCCGACAGGAGCAGAUCGAGAGCCAGUCACAGGUGAAGGUGGAGUGCAGCGUAUCUGCGCGUAUGUCACAGGUGGAGGAACUGUAUGGCAACAUACUGGAGGUGGGAGAGAAGCGCAAGAAUGUUCUGGAGAACAGCUGCAAGAAGUUCAUGCUGUUCCGCGAGUCUAACGAGCUGCAGCAGUGGAUUAAUGAGAAGGAGGGCGCGCUGACUAAUGAGGAGAUGGGGUCCGAUCUGGAGCAGGUGGAGGUGCUGCAGAAGAAGUUUGACGACUUCCAGAAGGACCUCAAGGCUAACGAGUCGCGUUUGAAGGACAUCAACAAGGUGGCGUCGGAGCUGGACUCUGUGGGGUUAAUGGCAGAGGAGGCCCCCACGCAGGCACAGCACCAGGAGGCCCUGGGCUCGGCUCCUGGAUCAGUGAAAGAUGAAGCGGACUCCAAAACCGCAUCGCCGUGGAAGUCGAUUCGCUUGGUAGUGCAAACAACGGCCACCUUUAAUAGCAUCAAGGAGCUGAAUAACCGCUGGAGGUCUCUGCAGCAGCUGGCUGAGGAGAGGAGCAACCUGCUGGGGAGCGCACAUGAGGUGCAGCGAUUCCACAGGGACGCAGAUGAAACUAAAGAGUGGAUCGAGGAGAAGAACCAGGCCUUGAACACGGACAACUACGGCCAUGACCUAGCGAGCGUUCAGGCGCUGCAGCGUAAGCACGAGGGCUUCGAGAGGGACCUGGCAGCCCUGGGAGACAAGGUGAAGUCCCUGGGCGAGAUGGCGGAGCGUCUCAUGCAGUCCCACCCGGAGGCCGCUGAUGACAUCACAGAGAAGCGCAGCGAGCUGAACACGGCCUGGACCAGCCUGGUGGGGCGCGCCGACCAGCGCAAGGAGAGGCUGGGGAACUCGCACGACCUGCAGCGCUUCCUCAGCGACUUCAGGGAUCUGAUGUCCUGGAUUAAUGGCAUCAGAGGCCUGGUGUCCUCAGAGGAGCUGGCCAAGGAUGUGACUGGAGCUGAGGCUCUACUGGAGAGACACCAGGAGCACCGUACGGAGAUCGACGCGCGUGCCGGGACGUUCCAGGCCUUCGAGCAGUACGGACAGCAGCUGCUGGGGCGGGGCCACUACGCCAGCCGAAUCAGCAGCAGCGCGGGCCUGGACAGACGGCGGCUGGAGGCCUGGGCACAACGCCGGGUCAUGCUGGAGCAGUGCUGCAGGCUGCAGCUGUUUAACAGGGACUGCGAGCAGGCGGAGAUCUGGAUGGCCGCGCGCGAGGCCUUCCUGGCCAGCGACGAUAAGGGCGACUCGCUGGACAGCGUGGAGGCGCUCAUCAAGAAGCACGAGGACUUCGACAAGGCCAUCAAUGUGCAGGAGGAGAAGAUCGCCGCGCUGCAGUCGUUUGCUGAUCAGCUGAUCAGCGCCAACCACUACGCCAAACCCGACAUCUCCAACCGCCGCAACCAAGUCCUGGACAGGUGGCGGCGGCUGAAGGCCCAGAUGAUCGAGAAGCGCUCCAAGCUGGGCGAGUCGCAGACCCUGCAGCAGUUCAGCCGCGACGUGGACGAGAUCGAGGCCUGGAUCAGCGAGAAGCUGCAGACCGCCAGCGACGAGUCCUACAAGGACCCCACCAACAUCCAGUUGUCCAAACUGCUGAGUAAACACCAGAAGCACCAGGCCUUCGAGGCGGAGCUCCAUGCCAACGCUGACCGCAUCCGCGGCGUCAUCGACACCGGCAACACUCUCAUCCAGAGGGGCGCCUGUGCCGGGAGUGAGGACGCUGUCAAGGUGCGUCUCAGUGCUCUGGACGAGCAGUGGCAGUUCCUCGUUCACAAGUCGGCCGAGAAGAGCCAGAAGCUGAAAGAGGCCAACAGACAGCAGAACUUCAACACCGGCAUCAAGGACUUCGACUUCUGGCUGUCUGAGGUGGAGGCUUUGCUUGCAUCUGAGGAUUAUGGGAAGGAUUUGGCCUCCGUCAACAAUCUGCUGAAGAAGCACCAGCUACUGGAAGCUGACAUCUCUGCCCAUGAGGAGCGCCUGAGGGACCUGAACGGCCAGGCCGACAGCCUGAUGACGAGCGCCUCUUUCGACACCAGCCUGGUGAAGGAGAAACGCGCCGCCGUCAACGCCCGCUUCGCCAAGAUCCAGGGCAUGGCGGCCGGCCGCCGCGGCAAGCUGGACGAGUCCCACCGCCUGCACCAGUUCUUCAGGGACCUUGACGACGAGGAGUCGUGGAUCAAGGAGAAGAAGCUGCUGGUGAGCUCUGAGGACUACGGCCGCGAUCUGACCGGCGUUCAGAACCUGCGCAAGAAGCACAAGAGACUGGAGGCCGAUCUGGGGACCCACGAGCCGGCCAUACAGUCGGUGCUGGACACUGGGAAGAAGCUGUCGGAUGACAACACCAUUGGGAAGGAGGAGAUCCAGCAGCGCCUGGCCCAGUUCAUGGAGCACUGGAAGGAGCUGAAGGACCUGGCUGCUGCACGGGGGAAGAGGCUGGAGCAGUCAUUGGAGUAUCAGCAGUUUGUGGCGAACGUGGAGGAGGAGGAGGCCUGGAUCAACGAGAAGCUGAACGUGGUGGGGAGUGAGGACUACGGCGACACGCUGGCCGCUGUGCAGAAUAACCACCACGUGGAGAACAUUGCGGCGCGUAUGAAGGGCCUGCGGGAGCGCGUGGCCGAGCUGGAGCGGGCCGCCGCCCAGAGGAAGGCCAAGCUGGACGAGAACUCCGCCUUCCUGCAGUUCAACUGGAAGGCCGACGUGGUGGAGUCCUGGAUCGGCGAGAAAGAGAACAGCCUGAAGACCGACGAUUUCGGGCGCGACCUCUCCUCGGUUCAGACCCUCCUCACUAAACAGGAGACGUUCGACGCGGGGCUCCAGGCCUUCCAGCAGGAGGGCAUCUCCAACAUCACGGCGCUGAAGGACCAGCUGCUGGCGGCCAAGCACGUGCAGUCCCGCGCCAUCGAGGCCCGCCACGCCGCCCUCAUCAAGCGCUGGAACCAGCUGCUCGCCAACUCCGCCGCCCGCAAGAAGAAGCUGCUGGAGGCGCAGGAGCACUUCAGGAAGGUGGAGGACCUCUUCCUGACCUUCGCCAAGAAGGCGUCGGCUUUCAACAGCUGGUUCGAGAACGCGGAGGAGGACCUGACGGACCCGGUGCGCUGCAACUCCCUGGAGGAGAUCCGCGCGCUGCGGGACGCCCACGAGGCCUUCCGCUCCUCGCUCAGCUCCGCCGAGGCCGACUUCACCCAGCUGGCCGAGCUGGACCGCCAGAUCCGCAGCUACCAGGUGAUGUCCAACCCCUACACCUGGUUCACCAUGGAGGCCCUGGAGGAGACCUGGCGCAACCUGCAGAAGAUCAUCAAGGAGCGAGAGCUGGAGCUGCAGAAGGAACAGCGCCGCCAGGAGGAGAACGAUAAACUGCGACAGGAGUUCGCGCAGCAUGCCAACGCCUUCCACCAGUGGCUGCAGGAGACCAGGACGUAUCUCCUAGAUGGAUCCUGCAUGGUGGAGGAGUCCGGAACGCUGGAGUCACAGCUGGAAGCCACAAAGCGCAAGCACCAGGAGAUCCGGGCCAUGCGCAGCCAGCUGAAGAAGAUCGAGGACCUGGGCGCGGCCAUGGAGGAGGCCCUGAUCCUGGAUAAUAAGUACACAGAGCACAGCACCGUGGGGCUGGCGCAGCAGUGGGACCAGCUGGACCAGCUGGGCAUGAGAAUGCAGCACAACCUGGAGCAGCAGAUCCAGGCCAGGAACACCACUGGUGUCACAGAGGAGGCCCUCAAAGAGUUCAGCAUGAUGUUCAAGCACUUUGACAAGGAGAAGUCUGGCCGUCUCAACCACGAGGAGUUCAAGUCCUGCCUGCGCUCCCUGGGGUACGACCUGCCCAUGGUGGAAGAGGGCGAGUCUGACAUGGAGUUCGAGUCCAUCCUGGACACCGUGGACCCCAACAGGGAUGGCCAGGUGUCCCUGCAGGAGUACAUGGCCUUCAUGAUCAGCCGGGAGACCGAGAACGUCAAGUCCAGCGAAGAGAUCGAGAGCGCCUUCCGAGCCCUGAGCGCCGAGAACAAGCCCUAUGUCACCAAGGAGGAGCUCUACCAGAACCUGACUAAGGAGCAGGCCGAUUACUGCAUCUCACACAUGAAGCCCUACCUGGACAGCAAGGGUCGCGAGAUGCCCUCCUCCUUCGACUUCGUCGAGUUCACCCGCUCGCUGUUCGUCAACUGACCCCGCCCACCGGCCCCCAGCCAGCCCAGCGGCCAGUCGGGACGCCCCGGCCCCGCCCCUCUGGCGCCCCCUGCAGCUAGUUUAGCAUGGCGACCCCCCGCUCCGGCAGCUCGAUAGCCCCCGCUCUGUGUGCGCGCACUUAUCCUGUGGUAAACCCUGUCAGCUCGUCCGCUUUCGCUGCCGCGCUCGCUGUAGCCGUAAGAAAAACGCUUUCGCUCGAUUUUACAGCCAGCUCAAAACGACCACGCCAGUGGGGACGACCUUCUGUGUGUGUGUGUGUGUGUGUGUGUGUAAUUAAAACGCUUCCAACUCAA